AUGCACGACGGAUUUCCUCACGGUACCAUCUGCAAUUUAUCCACUCACGCGCUCGAUCAAACAAUUAAAAAAUUCUGGGAGAUCGAGGAAGCUCCCACGAAGAAACUGUUUUCGGACGAAGAAUCCGCGGCUGAAAACCAUUAUAAACAGCACACGCGACGCGAUUCCGAUUCCGGAAAAUACAUUGUUAGUCUUCCCUUUAAGGAAGAACACGCACUUGGCGAUUCAUACGCAACCGCUCUCAAACGAUUUUACUCACUCGAGAAAAACCUCGCGAAAAACACGGACCGCAAGCAGCUAUACGUUGAUUUCAUGAACGAGUAUGCUGUCUUGGGUCAUAUGUCCGAACAACAACACGACAAUAAACGUGAGAGCUAUUAUCUGCCGCAUCACGCAGUAUUCAAGGAGAGUAGCCUCACUACGAAGCUCCGCGUUGUUUUCGACGACGAUCGCCAAUGUCAAAAGAUAUUGUGGCGAGAUGAUCCAAUCAAACCCAUCAAGACCGACACACUCAACACAGUGACAUACGGAACAUCCGCGGCACCGUUUCUGGCGAUACACUCGCUUCAUCAAUUAGCCGAUGACGAGGCGUCUCUAUUUCCGAAGGGAGCAGCCAUAAUGAAAGCAGAUCUUUACGUCGACGACUUAUUAACUGGAGCACGAUUAAUAGGACCAGUAAUAGUAUGGGCGAAACUUCUGAUGCAACGACUGUGGCAAUUACGCGUGGAUUAG